AUGGCGGAGGUUGAGGUUGAAGAUCGUGGACUUCCAUGGUACAAUCUGCCUUACUUGUUGUCUUGCCGCUUUCGAGCGCCAGCUGCUGACAUCAGUGUAGAAGGCCUGCCCGUGUUGGAUCGGCGGCCAAAGCCCGCCAUGCCGGUUCGUGUUCCAGGAGGUGAUCUGCUGGCAGCCAUCAAGGAUGUGUCUGGUGAAGGUCUCGCACUAGGCCUCUCACCUUUGAAUGCGCUGGCCAGCUUUGGAGAGGCCUUUGAAGCAGGCGUAUCUGCAAACGGUUGCUGGGACAAGGUGGAACUUCUGCCAUGGUCCUUGCUACAUCCGGCUGGUCCUCCAUCAUGGGGUGAAGGUCGUGAUACCAUUGUUCGCUGGCGCUUCCAUGUUGUUGACUUACGUUCAAAGCCCACUGACUUCCAUGCGGGCAACAAGAAUCUGCUGCGCUUGACGGACGGGGCUGGCAACUGGGAGCGGAUCAGAUUGCUUUCAGGACUUCUGACAGUGGAGAUGUGCUUGGAGCGAAACCUCUCACUUCACGUUCAAGUGGGACCUUGCCAACGAGACGGCAAGGUUGAUGAGCAGGAGGUUCGGGCACUCGUGUUCGCCGACCAACUUUGCUUGUGCUUGGAACACCGUCGGCCGGAAGUGGGACUCCAUUGCUUUUGUCCAGAGGCUUUGCUUGCCGCUUCGGACCCAAUGCCUGCUGCCAGCGAGGUGGUGAACUGGAGCAGCACUGCGGAUUACAUGGCCAGCUGGCGGCCCGCUGUAGAGCUAGAGGCCGCAGCAAGUGCGGCGGACGAAGAUGACACCAGGGUGUUGACCAACGUCGAGAUAACAUGGGGUGCGAAGGGAAGGGGCUCCUUUGUGGUGCCUAGCACCCUGGCAUCGGCGCAUCGCAUGAAGAUGCGUGGCUUGGUUCGAGGAGAGGAUGGGGCGACCGAAGUAAGUUCUGGGUGGCUGUGCUUGCGCCUUCCCACUCAGCACAGCGCUCGCGGCGUCGGGUGGCGUGGUCAUGCAGGAAUCGUCGACGUAGAGCUGGUUGGUGGCGACGGCAACGCACAACCUUUGGCUGUCGUCGUUGGCGAAGAGGAUGCGCAGAUCCCACAGACGAUGUCCCUGCGCGUGAGCUUUCGGAUGGUUCCUGGUGCUUCAGACCCAUCCGGGACAAUCGGCACCAGGAGAGCUGGCUACAUUGUCGAGUUCAUUCCGAAGUCGCUGCCAUAUAGCUGUAUGGCGGUGGCACUGGCUGAACUGAGUGUUGCAUCUUCGUUGUUGAGGGAGGUCAUCCUUCAUGCUCGAGCACCACCAGCCCCUGCUGCAUCAGUGCGACGAUGUGUUGAGGACGAGGCAUCGUGGCACCCUGAAGCGCGUGAGUCUUUCGCCCAGAGCCUGGAUCUGAAGCCUUGGCGCUUGAAUCCUCCUCAAGAAGCUGCAGUUCGUGGUUCGUUGGAGGACGCUUUGUCGCUGAUCCACGGGCCCCCCGGCACCGGCAAAACCACUACAGCCGCAGCCCUGUGCGUGCUCUACGCAUUGUCGAAUCUGGACUCUGGUCAUGUUGCUGCUGUGCUGUAUUGUACUCCAAGCAAUGAUGCAGCAGACGUUGCCUGCCUUCGAGUUGCGGAAUCGUCGGCGCGACAUUUCCAGGCCCUGGCGACAAAGCGGCGUCAAGAAGUGGUGGCGGCUGGUUCGAGCGAGGAUUGUCCGAUCUGUUUCAACAGCGGUUGCAAUGCCAUCACGGCUUGUGGUCAUCAGUUUCAUCGUGAUUGCCUGCAGAAAGCUCGUGCCGCAGGGAACUCAACUUGCCCGCUGUGCCGCCGCCCUUUACGCCAAUCUGAGGGAGGUUUGAUGGCACUCCGUGUCUACAGCGCAGAGAUGGAGCGUGGUGAUUUCCCCGUACCCAAGCGGAUUGAUCACCCCAGUGCGAAGCCGCGGAAAGUCAAGGCAGUACCAGAGGUCAUGCGUCCGUUUGCCCUGCAUUGGCGUUGCCAUGGCCAAGCGCCAGGUGUAGAGCCGACGUUGGAGUCCAUGGAGGUUAGUGCAGCUUAUGACAGAAUGUUGCAAGCGGGGCUGGACAACCCCAUGUUUGACGAGCUUCGUACGGAAUACUACUUGGCUCUUUCGGCCGCUCGUGCUGCAGAGCUGCGCCGUGCCGAUGUGGUUUUCGCUACCUGCAUUUCGGCACGACGGGGUGGACUGGCAGCUGCUUUACAGGCAUCCGGAGCACCCGAGUUGUUGCAGGUUGUGUUGGACGAGGCUGGACAGGCCCCAGAACCAGAAGCUCUUUGCCCCUUGACGCUGGCAAAAAAUGCCAAGAAGAUUGUGAUGGUGGGUGAUCCGAAACAGCUUCGGCCCAUCAUCAUCAGCCCACAAGCUGAAAGAAUGGGGCUCAAUAUAUCGCUGCUCGAGCGCUUGAGCGACGCACCGGCAGGCAGACCUCGGCUUUUGUCUCUGCAGUAUCGAAUGCACCAGGAGCUGAAUGAAUUUCCGGCGGCAUACUUCUAUGCUGGACGUGUCCGAACAGAUCCAGCCGUUCUCGCACGUCCGCCUGGAUGUUUGGCGCACCCAGAUCGGCCCACUAGUCCAACACCGUUGCUCUUCUGGACGUGUUCCGGACCUUCGGAGCAGAUUUCGCAAGUUCGAAGCUCAACUGCCAGCGCCAAAUCCCGGUUCAAUCUGGCAGAGGCUGUUCGCGCUGCGGCCUUGGCCCGCUCGCUGGCGGCCAAAGUCGGUCAGAGCCGUGUAGCUGUGCUCACCUGGUACAAUGCCCAGGUGGCUCAAUUGAGCGAAGCACUUUCCGGGACUUCCAUUCACAUUGGUGGCGUUGUAUCAUCCCAAGGCAAUGAGUGGGACUACGUUUUGUUGUCAACAGUGCGCAGCUCCCCUGGUGGUCUCGGUGCUUUGGAGGACGAGCACUUGCUGGAUGUGGCCCUUACGAGAGCACGUCUAGGCAUGUGCGUGCUUGGAGCACCUGAGACGCUCAGGCGCGUAACUGCUUGGUCAUGUUUCCUAGACCACUGCGAAAGCCGUGGUCUUGUGACAACCUCGCAACCCGUCCUUGUGCCUUAA